AUGUCUGAUCAGGACAUCUCCAUCGCCGGACAGCAGGUUAGCACCACUGCUCAGAACGUCGGUGCCAUCGUCCGGCUCGACCCGCCCAAGUCCGGCGACAUCUACUGGACGGCCACCCAGGUUUCCAUCGGCAACAGCCUCCCACCUCCUGGCAAGGCCCCCAAGGCCCGCCAUGAGAUUAACUGGUCGUUCGGCCCUCUCAAGAUUACCGGCUACCUUGACACCACCACUCUCGAGAUUGGCGUCACGGUCAGCGUACUUGGUAUCACCAUGGGAAAUAUCUACGGAAACCUCAAGGACGGCGUUGGCUUGAAGUUUGACGUCUUCUUGGCCAAGGGCGAGGUCAAGCUCUACCUCAAGAACGGAAAUGAACUGUGGGUUCACAUCGAUGUUUCUGUUAGAUUUGAUGGAAACUUCAAGGGCGAUUACAAGAUCCUCUCUUGGUAA